AUGUCUCCAAGCCUCCCUAUUGGCGAAGGCCUUGCCGGAGAGAGCGCAGGAGUUGAAACCGUUGGAUUUGGCCAGCAUUAUUUGGUCAGCCAGUUGCUUCAAGUCCGCCUUCACGCCCCUCGUCGAUGCCCUGGAAGCCAGGUUGUUGCAGGUGGCAUUCAGGCUAUCAACGAGGCCGUGGCGACCAUCAGCGCUUCGCGGAAACAAAGAGCAGUGGAGAUGUUGGUCGAGAAGGCCAUCCUCGUGGGCGCUUCGGAGCGCGACCUGCCGAACCUUUGCUGGGCCCUGGCGGCGGUCCGUGGCAAAGCCUGCGGCAUCAGCGAGACAGUUCAGGGCUUGAAGCAGCCACCUACGCUGGGGAUGAUUUGGGCGCUGAGUGUGACUGGCUCAGACGGUGCUGGACCCCUACUGAUGGCAGGUGUCUCGAAGGGUCACUACGAUGCUCUGCUGUUGGAUCCGGAUGCUUCUCAGCUGGCGCAGUUGUUGUGGUGUCAAGCUACGGCAGCUGGAACUGGUUCGAAGCUGCUGAUUGCUGCGGCAGAGCGAGUGGAGGAGUUUUCAUCACUGGAUCUUUCACGUUGCGCAUGGGCGGCUGCCAUGCUCGAGUCGCCUGCUGCCGCACACCUGGCACUGCGAGCCGCCGAAGUCCUCCAAGUCGAGACGUUUGUCGCUAGCGCCACGCUGGUGCAGGUCACCUGGUCGUUGACGCGUCUGCAGCUCUUUAUCCCUCGACUCCUGGAGCGAUUGACGACGCUGCGAGGCUGUGAGCUUCGAACACAGGACCUUGCCCUGGGUGUUUGGGUUUUGGCAUUUUGGCACUUUGUGGGUGAUCGAUGCCUGUUGGAUGAGAUGAGUACUGACCUCUCGGAUUUUGGAACGCAAGACUUGGCCAACGUGGCUUGGGCAAUGGCUGUGCAGUUGGUCACCAGCGAACCCUUGGUGGUGGCCCUUGCAGUGGAAGCUGAAAG